AUGGCCUCAAAUUUUUGUAGUCAUCAUUGCUUCUUCAUCGUCGCAGUUUUGUCAAUCUUUGCCAUAACUCCAUCAACAUCUCAGCAGCAAACGUCUGAUUCGUGCAACGGAAUAUUCCUGUCAUACACAUACACCGGAGGAAAAAAGCUUACACCGAACUUGACAGACUCAGGGUCCCAACCGUCCCGAUUUGAGUCGACGCUGACAGUGCUCAACAACGGGCUCCAAGAGCUGAAGUCUUGGAAGGUGUUUGUCGGGUUUCAGCACGGAGAAUGGUUGGUGUCUGCGUCAAAUGUGGUGCUCGCAGACGGGAGAACCAUCCCCGAGGCAGUUGGAAACGGCACCGUUUUAGCAGGGUCAUCUGUGACAGAUUUGAAGACUGCGGCCGAGACUGCAGGGGACUUGACUCAGAUGCAGGUUAAGGUAGAUAUGGUGGGGACAGUGGUGGGGGUUGCACCACCCGGCGUGCCAAUGCCUUCGACCAUAAACCUUGCUAAUGAUGGAUUCAUUUGUGGUGAACCAAAUUUUCAAGGGAACAAUGAAACUCAUGUAUGUUGCACAAGUGAUCCCAAUUACAAGACAAAAAUCAUCACAAAAGAAAAUGUUCUACCUAGACAGAAGAAUGGUGAUCUUACCAUAAUGUAUGAUGUGAUCAAGGCAUACAAUUCCAAUUACUUGGCAGAGGUAACAAUCUCAAACCACAACCCUCUAGGCCGUCUGGACAAUUGGAAAUUAAGCUGGAACUGGACAAAUGAUGAAUUUAUCCAUACAAUGAAAGGUGCUUAUCCAUCAGUUAUAGAUUCUUCUAAAUGUGUUUUUGGUUCACAAGGUGAAUUUUACAAGGAACUUGAUUUUGCCAAUGUAUUGAGUUGUGAAAAAAGACCAACAAUAAUUGAUCUACCUCCAACAAGGUUCAAUGAUACACAACUUGGUAAAAUACCAUUUUGUUGUAGGAACGGUACUUUGUUACCACCAAAUAUGGACCCUAGCAUGUCAAUUUCAAGGUUCCAAAUGCAAGUUUAUAAAAUGCCGCCAUAUCUCAAUCGGUCAAACCUUACACCGCCACAAAAUUGGGGGAUUAAAGGUUCUAUAAUCAACCCUGAUUACAAGUGCGGCAGCCCGAUUAGGGUUAGUCCUAGUCAAUUUCGAGAUCCAACAGGUUUACCUUCAAACAUAUCUUCAAUUGCAAGUUGGCAAGUUGUGUGCAACAUAACAAAGUCAUUGAAAAGUGAUUCUCCAAAAUGUUGUGUCUCAUUUUCAGCUUUUUAUAAUGACUCAGUUAUUCCUUGUAACACAUGUGCAUGUGGAUGUCAUGGUAAUCAAGAGAGAAUAUGUAGUGUUAGUAAGCCAGCUAUGUGGCUUCCAUCAAAAGCACUUCUUGUUCCAUUUGAGAAUAGAAAUGAAAUGGCACAUGAUUGGGCUAGUUUGAAAAAGCUACAAGUUCCUAACCCUAUUCCAUGUGGUGAUAACUGUGGUGUGACCAUAAACUGGCAUGUAAAUACAGAUUAUAAAAAAGGUUGGACCGCAAGGAUCACGAUUUUUAACUGGGGUGAGACGAAUUUCGCUGAUUGGUUUGCAGCGGUUCAAAUGGACAAAGGUGCAAAAGGUUUUGAGGAAAUGUAUUCAUUCAAUGGAGGCUUGUUAGAGAGAUUAAACACUACAAUAUUCAUGCAAGGUAAGAAAGGAUUGAACUUUCUUGUAGCAGAAGCAAAUGGGUUGAACCCUCGAAAAGAUCCGAGGGUUCCGGGGAAACAGCAAUCGGUAAUCUCAUUUAGAAAGGAAAAAAAUGAUGAAAUCAACGUGGUUGGUGGCGAUGGUUUUCCUAGUAAAGUUUUCUUCAACGGAGAGGAAUGCUCUCUUCCGUUGGUGUUUCCAAGCAAUGGUUUGAGGAAUGAACUUUCUUUAUAUACUAUUAUGAUCCUAAUAUUGUCGUCAAUCAUUUUGAUACAACAAUGGUGA